AUGAUUCCACCGAAUGCAUCACUAGUUAAAUAUGACAAUCCAGUUCUCGUGAGCAGGAACACAGACAAAAAAUCGCCAAGGGUAAGCUAUUUUUGCAAUCGUCAUAUGUACAACACAACUAUAAGGUUUAUGCAGUGGUGAGCUAUGUGAUAUAUUAAUUAAACAUUUAGUUCAAUUGUGAGUGGUUUAAUGGGCAUGCAAGAGAGUAUUUCGUCCCUUAAACCAAAGAGAGAUUUUUUUUAGGAAAAAAAAUCCUCGAUAAGCAUUGACAAACACGUUUUACAUGUACAUUACCGAGAAAGACCUUGCUCUUUAGCGAAAUUUCUGGUCUGUGAAGAACGGUACAUUGUGAUGGCACCGUGUCGGAAAAAGAACACAAAAUAGCAAGCUUCUUUCGUGGAGAAGAAAUUAUUCCAUUCCAUGCCAUUGCUACUUUGUUUUGGGAUUUCAAAUGACAAUCUUAAUGAGGGAAUUAAUGUAUUAAGAAUAUAAAAAAAUAAAUCAUUAUGAAAUUGUUAGUAUGUCGGUACAAACCUUUUAAGUUGUUGAUUUUGUAGUGGUACUGCAUAUUUCAUUUAUUUGUUUACAGGCGCGAUCUCUGAAAGUAAGCCAACAGCAAGGCACAGGACCUGCAGCAACUGGACCAGUACCUCAACCACCACGAGCUAGUAAACUACCACCUAUGGAUGCACAGAAAAACCAACAAACUGAUGAGAUACUCAAUGCAAUCCUGCCGCCAAGGUACAUAUCAUAUGCAUGAUCUUGAUGGUGUCUGCCUCUGCUUUUAUGAUUAAAUAAUUUGGUUUUAUCAAUUGAGUUAACAAUGUAAAUUGGCUGCCAUAGAGAGUUUCCAAAGCUGAUCUUACAAGAGUUAUCCCUUUGUCAGAACUAAGGAUCAACUGACAAAGGUCAAACACUUAAAACUUCAGCUUUAGAAAUUCUCUGUGGUGGCCAAUUUACAUUAUCAGCCUAGUUGCUAAAACCAAUUUAUCUUUUAAUACUGCCUGCAGAUGCAGCUUCACCGUUUCUUAAGAAACUUUCCCCGUCAAUCUUUCUUUAGAACGGCCACCUUUGGGGGCCUCACCUUCUGUCUGGCCUAGAGACUUGUAUGACUAAUAUUAUUAGAGAGCUUACAAUGUGAUGCCUGAAGAAUUUGAGCCAAAUGGGUACCCCUUGUUUGCCUAUUUUUAAGUAGGUUUUCUAUGGGCAAAGCAUUACUCGACUCGCUCAUGUCUCCUUGACAGGUGUUUUUGAUCCUGCUGGGAAAAUUUUUUGUUUGUUCUUUUAUUUUACAGGGAGUGGACUGAAAAUGGUCAGUUAUGGGUGCAACAGGUAUCUAGUACUCCAGCCACAAGAUUAGACGUUGUUAAUCUACAGGUAAUUACUGGGGGUUAAAGCUUUUGCAUACAGCACUUAACGUAUGGCCUAAGAGUUACAAGCAUUUAAUUUCUCCUUAAAAAAUUACUUCUGAAUCAGACAUUAAGCUCAAAAGAAUAAAGAUAAUGAUAAUCAACUUAAGACGCUCAUGACGGAUAAAUAAAUUCUCUUUAUCAAAGCCAUAGAAAAUGUAUAGAGAACAGUAUAGAAAAUAUGAUGUAAAAGUGUAACUAGGGUUGGUCAGUGGGUGUGAGGGAAAAAUUGAAAUUCUUUUAUUUCCCCCACCCUAAAUUCUUGAAGAAUCAGUUGAAGAAGUAGAUUGGUAAAGUUUUUUUUAUGUAUUUGUGUUCAUGUUUGACUUUUUUACUGAUUAGGGUGGAUUGUGAUGUUCUUUUGUUAUCUUCUAGGAGCAACUGGACAUGCGUCUUCAACAGCGACAAGCAAGAGAGACAGGAAUCUGCCCAGUCAGGAGAGAACUUUACUCACAGUGUUUUGGUGAGCCAUUUGAUGUUAUGAGAUGUUCAAUUAUAAAAUGUCAAACAUCUCAGAUGCGUAAUGGUAAUUUAUCUGGUAAUAUAUUUCAGAUGAAUUGAUUCGUCAAGUGACCAUUAACUGUGCUGAACGUGGCCUUCUGCUGCUCAGGUAUGGUGUAAACUGGAAACACAAAUGACUUUGUAACUUAAAUCAUUAGCAAUUUUUUAGUAAAGAGCACAUUGGCCUCUAAUUGUAGGUGAAAACCAAAAGGAGUAUCUGCAAAGUAUCAUUAUUUUUACUGUUUUAAAAGGAACCUGCUUUGACAAGCAAUCAAUAACUCGCGUUUGUUUUGUUACCUGUAGAGUGCGUGAUGAGAUCAGAAUGACUAUUGCUGCCUACCAAACUCUGUAUGAAAGCAGGUAAGUGCAAUUAAUGUGAUCGUCAAAGAAAAAGCAGACUUUCUGGUGCCUUUUUUUUUUUUUGCAAAAAAAGAAAAAAAAACCGUAACCCUCCCCCUCAUGUGAUCCAGAAAAGUUAUGACCCUCUCCAUGCUAAGCUCAAAGUUUUUGUGACCUUCCACACCCUUCCCCCAUCUGCACCAGUCCUUCCCAACUGUUAGCUAAAUGCAUGGUUGAAAACAUAUCUUUAUUACAUGCAAUUUGUGCAGUGUUGCAUUUGGAAUGAGGAAAGCAUUGCAAGCUGAGCAAGGAAAAGCAGACAUGGAAAGGAAGGUUAGUGCAUGCCACAAUCUGAUAUUUGGAGAAUAUAUAGGAAGAAAUCAGUAUUUUGUUUUAUAUGACUGUGACGAUGUAGGGAUAGUUUCCAUGUGGCACAAGAAUGUAUUUGUGGUUCCAUAGUUUUUUUUUUUCACAUAGCCAGCUGUCUCCUUUUUGCUACUGUGCAUUCAAAAGGACACUCAAUGAAAUUGCUUUUGAUCACUGUAGUUGCAUUACAUGAGAACAUCAAAUUCAGUACUGCUGUUUUAACAAACAUUUAUUUGAGUAUAAGGUAAUUGUGAUGGUUUCAUGUAGAUUCAAGAGCUUGAGGGAGACAAGCGAGAUCUUGAGAGGCAGGUCAAUGAACUGAAAGCCAAGUGUGAUGCCAUUGAGAAGAGAGAAGCUGAAAGAAGGGCAGUCGAGGAAAAGAAGCAUGCAGAGGAAAUUCAGUUUCUCAAAAGGACCAACCAACAACUGAAGGUACAUACUUAGCCUGUUGAAAGGCAGCUUACCUUAGAGAAGUUUAUUAUGGUGAGCAAUUUGCUGGCUUUAUAAACUGACCAAAAUGCUGCCUCAUUUGAUUUCAGUAGAGGUCAUCAGACAGGGGGUUCAAAUAAAAAACAAGAAGACCUACCCAACCCCUCCUUCCUUAUAGAUUCCAAGAUGGCUGCCACUCAUUGCAAGGAAAAGAAUCAGGCACCUUUCUUGUAGAGUGUGUUUUCUCUAUAAAGACUUGUUGGAAGCCAUAUCCUCCCACAAAGUAACAAUCAGCCUCUCCCCUUCAUAGCCAUUUUGGUAUUAUUUUGGGGCUCCUCUGACAGUCUGCAUCAGUUUAUAUCUGCUACAAUACAAAGGGGGUAGGGGAAUAAUGUUUUUCCUACUACAUUUCCUGCUGAAAACCCUGAAUAUUCCAUUAUCUCUUUUAUUGAAAUAAUCAUUGUUUUCCUCCUGAGAAAUAAUGGUUGUUCCUCUUUCAGACCCAGCUUGAAGGGAUCAUUGCUCCUACCAAGAAGUAAACUUGUUUGAAUGAUCUGGGCAGUGUACAUUUUGUAAACAUUGGUAGUUUUGAAAUGGUAAUAGUUUUCCACCGAAAAUAAGCAAUUUCUUUAAAUGACAACUUGUAAAGAAACCUUACUUAUUAUGAAUAUUCAAACAUUUACUCACCAUUUGAAAGAUAAAUUGUCAUUCAUUCAUUCAUUUUUUUUUUUUUUUAAGGUAAAACUGACCUUUUUUUUUUACUCUGAUAGACGUUAUGUCACAUAUAGAAGUGUGUUGGC